AUGAAUCCAUCCGGGAACCCUGUCGUCCAGCCGCAGAUCGAAUUGAGCAACUCAGCCUUGCUAGCGACACAUUUCAUAAAGUCUGUGCUGCGAGCAUGCGCGGAGGAAGAUGUACAGCCACAAUCUGGACUGGCUCUGGAGCGCCUGGGACAAAAACUAUUUGUCUCACGGCAGGUUAUUGAACUUGGCCGAGAAGUGUUUAAGAGGAAAGUGGAAAAGGUGGACAUACAGAAAUUAAAACUCGUCAUCGGACUUAGCAACGACGGCUUAGCUAAGGCGAUGAGGGAGUCCAUUUCCCUCAUCAAGGCUUUCUUGUUAGUCGUUGCUUUGAAGAUCUGCUUUAUUGACGAAGAAGCCGGUCGUCUGCUCCACAACAUGAUGUGGUCGGAGGGAAUCAUCAACGAAUUCCCUCUCUAUCCGGACCAAGUCACCCAGUUCAUUACUCGCGUAUCUGGAUAUGGUCACAGCAUUCUACCCUUUGAGCAUUUCAACGGAAUAUCGUCAAAGGUACUCAGCUCGCUCGACACUCCAGAUCAAAUCCCGGCUCUCUUCGAACGUUGUGACCUCGAUACGCUCGCUCAAAUCCUCACCCGCAUAUUUGACGCAUUCUCCAAUGCAGAAAUUGUCCGAAUAUCUGUUGAAGGCUCUCGGACAGGGCUUUGGCUCCUCGCAGCACUCUCAUGGCUUCUCCCCGACGAAACUGGGUGUAUCGUUUCUGGAAGACUAGUACUCGGCAAGUCCAAUGCCCGACUUCUUAUAUGUCUCAAAGACCAAUCUGAGUGGGAGGUGGCAGAAUGGCGCUCCGAACGGCAGGCCGACUCUGCAAUUAUUCGAACGGAAGGUCUUGUACCAUCAUUGAAAUACUCGCCCAUGUCUCACUCACCUCUGGGAUCAGCAAAGGCUUCCAUAUCUAUGCAGUAUAACUUAAAACCGGAGGCGGCGGAUGCGACAGGCCAGCUGGCAGCUGCACUCAUCGACGUCGCCUUCGAAAAGGGCGUCCUCUGCUCAGUCAAAUGCCAAUCACAGUCCAUGUUGAAAGACGUCUGUUCCAAAACCUUUAUCGAAAUUCAUCACACCAUCGUGCGGCAGUAUGGUUGGGAUUACGGUGUUGAAUCCGAACGUACGAGGACAUUUCGCGAUAAACAGUGUGCUGUAGCAAAGGCUCUCAUUGAUUGGAUCCCAGACACUGCAGUGACUCCUCCUGCACUGGGGUCUUACCACCGACAAGUUACAAAAGCAAUUGAUGAUCUUAACAUCAACUAUUUCGACCGAUCGGGAGAAUCCCUUUUUCCCUUGAAAGAUUCGGAGUUCCUGAAGAUAAUCGACCCAGCUAUUCAUGUUGCAACGGAAGCGCUUCUUCGGAGUUUCAGCGAGGAAGGCUGCUCGGCGAGGGUGUUUAGGCCCUGCCAUGUGUCAACGGUUGAAAGGGGGGCAGAAUUGCUAUAUCAUCUGAUCUUUUCCCCCCAAAUUGUCAACCCUUAUCCGUAUUCAAAACUCAGGGCGAUGGCCCUGGAGUCGUCCCUGCCGGGAACCCACUCGGUAUCUCCCACGGACCUUGCCAUUGCUCACAACGGCUAUGUUGCAUAUUUGAAUGUUCUAGAAAAUAUAUCUACUGAUAAGCGAUCCGUCUCGCUCAUUCGUACAGUCCCGGGGACCUUGAAACGGGCAGGGCCCGGGGUCCGAGACGGCGGAGUUUGCCGGAGCAUUGAAGAAGUCCUGUCCGAGGAUUCUUUGUGCGGCCGGGAGCUUCAGAACUCAUUGAACCCGGUCAACCCAUUUCCCACCGGGCAGGUCUAUUCUGGGAUUGAGCCACAGAAGGACCCUUACGGGAUCGAAGCCGCCCACCUGUUCAGUUUUCAAAAUACUCGACUUCGGUUGAACACUGUCCUGCAGCCAGUGGGAAUGAACCAUCGACGUGUCUUGCAGCCGUCGCCAGAGACUCUGCUCCAGCGACAGAUGAACGCAUAUCCUUAUCCGGCCAGUUGGACAGAUUCAAUUGAAGCAAUAGCAACGGCAGUACACGUCUUUGAACAUACCUUGGAUACGGAGAGUGAGCGUUUGUUAGUGGAAGAAUGGCGAAGAGGUGGAAUCUUUGACAAAAUGGUGUGGCAUCCAUCAGGGAAACAGGCAAGCCAAUUUAACAAUCGCAUAACCAUGACAUCUUCAAGUGAACCUUUGCGAUUUUUUGAAGCGGGAUACCUUUCCCAGCAUGGAGAAUUAAUUGUCAGGCAGGGGGAGAUCCCUCUUGUAUCGUGCCUAGCUAGGGCCACUAAUCCGGGCAGUGACAAAGUGUGGACAAUUGUGGCAUGA